CCCCCAUCCACCCCCCUCACCCCGCAAUUCGCUCCUUCCGCUUUGCGCGCCCGCCGCCCUCGACCCUCGAACCUGCCUCUCUGGAAUUGGGUGCUGGACUGCCCUAUUCACAAGCAGAGGUACGGCCCACCUGCCUGUUUGGGUGCCCGAGUCCACUCAGCGACGGACCCCCGAGCGCGCUGCCUAUGGCUUCUACCUAUGCGCUUCCCUUCAAUCCCGCCUCACAGUCUCACAGUCAUGGACAUUCACGGUCGCACUAUUCCUCGGACCACUCUGCGCCUUGGAACAACCAGCGCAACGACUCGUCGCCCGUGAGAGGACAGAUACCCCCCGCGGGCGGCCACCGCCACAACAGAUCCGAGAUGAAUGGACAACUGUACGGCCAAGGCCUCUCACCAUACGCCGACGGUAACGGCGAAGCGCGCGAACACAAUCACCAGCACACCCGGUCUACCGACACCACGUACACAUUGAAGCCGUUCAUGGGACGGCCGAAGGGCAGACCGCGAGGGGAUUCAGACUUGGGGAAGCCUCCCUCGCGGAAGAGUGCGGCGGCUGGGAAUUUUGGCUUUUCUCCAAUCCAGGAAACGCCUCCGACGCUGCUGCCACACUCACACUCAUCAUGGCUUGAGCUUCCCGAAGCCCUCACAGCCCUCCUCAUACCCCUCCCUUACCUGUUGGCUUCGCUAGCAUAUCCCACCGUUGUCGCUCCAGCUCGAAGAUUGCCUGCUACGCUAUCCGAUACCGUCACUGAUUCGAACAUUCCGAGCUCUGCAAGUCUCGCCAGCGGCGGCCAGCUCCUGCACGCGUGCACGCUCUCCUCAACGACCUUGAUUCUCAUAAGCAUUAUAGCCAAGAUUCGAACCACAGUAGAGCAGCCCUUGGAUAGGCGGAAGUCUUUUGGGAGCGCUGAAAAAGCCGGCAGCACAUCCAGCAUACUACGAGACGCCAGUUCGCUGUGGCGCAUGCUCACCAAUGUGCUUAGCGUAUUGAUGCCCUUUUACGCCACGAUGCAAUUGGGCGGAGCGAGGACAGCCCUGUUCUUGUUGGCAGCAACAACCGCGGGACUUGGGAGUUUGGAUCAAAAGCCGGGGAAACAUACGAUCUGGGAGGGUACCAGGCGGACCCUACGAACUCGCAGAGCGACGUGCGGAGUACUGCUUCUUACGGUGCUCAUAGACGCGCUUGGUUCCCCAGACGCGGCAGGUACGCUCGUCGGCUACCUCGCUUUAGCGGCCUCAAUCUUUGCUAUACCUCCGCCCCUCCCAACCGCUGGAUGGUUCUUACACACCGACCCUAGAAGUCAGGACUCGUGGGCUUCAGGUCGAGCUUCUCUACCGAAGCCCUCAUCCCCUCUCGUGGGCUCAUCCGAGGACAUCUUGCUCACCUUUGGAUCCGGCCUUGGACUCACCCUCAUAACUAUUUUCUAUUCGAGCGUUUCUUCUUCAUCUCCAUCUCUCUCUCACCAUGCUAUUUUCUUUUCUACUCUGUCGGUUGCAUCAGCGACGGCGCUUGUGUAUGUUUCUCUUCCAGCUGCUUUGCGAAGUCAGAAGAAAUUCGGUCUAGCGUUGGGAACGCUUCUAACGGCAGUAUUUGAGGUUUUAGAGCAUCCAGGCGCAUGGCGGGCAUGGUCACUCUUUCUUGUAGUUUGUGUGCUUGUUUUUGGGGCGCUUUGGUUCGAUACGCGUCCGUCUGCGAUAGCUCGGCCACAUUCUCACGGCCAUUCUCACUCUGGCCAUCAGCACUCUCAUGGUCACUCUCACGACCACGAUCAUCACCUGCACGGAAACCAUUCGAAGUUCUCGGCCUUCCUCAUUGCUUGGUGCAAGCCCGGCUCGAUUAUGCAUAGCAUUCUGAUCGAAAAAGACUCGCGGCGCAUUGCUUACUUUGGAGUACUUAACCUGGCUUUCAUGCUCGUCCAGUUCUUCUACGGAUUCGUAACAGGAUCCCUAGGUUUAUUGACGGACAGCAUCCACAUGCUGUUCGAUUGUGCUGGGCUUGCGGUGGGCUUGGCUGCUGCGGUUAUGAGCAAAUGGCGUCCGAAUGCUCGGUUUCCGUACGGCUAUGGCAAGAUCGAUACGCUGUCGGGGUUCGCCAACGGCGUAUUCCUUCUGCUUGUCAGUUUAGAGAUCAUCUUUGAUGCCUUUGAAAGGCUUUGGGAGGGCCAUCAUCUACACCGGCUGAACGAACUUCUCAUUGUUAGCGUGCUAGGCUUCGUAGUGAACAUCGUUGGCCUCACAGCUUUCGGGCAUGCUCACCAUGGCCACGGACACGACCACUCCCACGGCGACCAUGGUCACUCGCACGGCCAUUCUCACGACAACGAGAACAUGCACGGCAUCUUCCUCCACAUUCUCGCAGAUGCCCUGGGUUCAGUAGCCGUCAUCAUAUCAACGCUCCUCACCAAGUACUAUGGCUGGUCUGGCUGGGACCCAAUUGCGUCGUGCAUCAUCGCCAUCUUGAUCUUCAUCUCUGCGAUUCCGCUCGUCAAGAGCUCCGGUAUGCGCCUUAUGCUUUCUCUACCCGCCGACGUCGAAUACGGUAUUCGAAACACACUGCAAGAGUUGAGCUCUCUCCGGGGUGUGGUGGGGUACGCUGUGCCGAAGUUCUGGCUGGAAGACGAAGGCGCUGCACAUGCAGAAGCGCAUGCUAAAGAGCACGGUGGUUGUGAUCAUAAGCAUGAUCAUGAUCAUUCAGACCACGAUACCAAGCACGAGCAUGAUCAUUCGGGACAUAGCCAUCCGCACUCGCAAUCACAUAGCCACGGCGACCAUUCGUGCGACCACUCGGACCAUGAACAUACCCACGCCCGCCAACCAAGGAUCCUUGGCGUCAUCCACAUUAUCGCCUCCAGCGCCGCGGACCUGGAAGACGUGCGAGAACGUGCGGUGCAGUUUUUGAAGGGACGAGGCAUGGACGUCGUGGUGCAUGUCGAAAAGGAGGGCGAGGGUCGAUGCUGGUGCGGCGGCGCAAACAAAACGAGCUAGGCACAUAUCUUUUUUUCGGUUCCGCAGCAUGCGAGGUAUGGCGUUAUCAGCAAUUUCCUUUGUGGAUAUUCCCUUUUUGCGAGAGCAUUUUCUAUAUCGACUUUCAUGAACUUAUGUACUUGUAUCAUGGAUUGGAGCGGCAGAUUCUCGCUUGGGACGAGCCGUAGGUUGAAGAGGUGGCAUGCUCGGCGUCGCUAUUGUAUAUAGAUGCAUCAAAGGUAUAUCAAAUGGGGUUG